AUGAAAGCUGCAGGAAUCAAUGAGUUGGAUCUUCGAAUUCGUGCUACUGGAUGGCGUACUUAUAAACCACCAUUCAUUCUUGGUUUAGACGGCUCAGGGAUCAUUCACAGUGUCGGGCAGGGACCUGGGGAUCGAGUCUAUGUCUUCCAGCCUAUUACAGGAACCUACGCAGAAUUUUGUUUAGCGGCUGAGGAUAGAGUCUACAAACUUUCAAACAACUUGUCUUAUGAGGAGGGCGCUGUAUUACCCAACCCAUAUUUCUCUGCAAUCAGAUGUUUGAAAAGGGCGGGAUUUAAGAGAGGUGAAACGGUUCUUGUCAAUGGUGCAAGUGGAGGGUUUGGGCUGGGAGCAAUUCAGCUAGCUCGUGCUUUAGGUGCGUCGAAAGUGGUAGGCACGGCUGGGACAGAGAAGGGACAAGAAUUGGUGGAGCAGAUGGGAGCUGAUGAAGUCUUAAAUUACAAAAGUCCAGAUUUUAAGAGAGAUCUUAGGGAUGUCUUUGGACCUAAAGGUGUGGACAUCAUAAUUGAAACGAAUGUUGAUGUCAACUUCGAAAUGGAUAUGAACCUCGCUGCUCGUUUGGGGCGUAUUAUGGUACUUGGCAAGCGUGGUAAGGCGGUCUGCACUCCUCAGAAUCUAGUGUUCAAGGAAACUACUGUCAUGGGAUGUGCUCUUUUCUUCUGUGACUCGAGUGAGAGAGUGAAAAUGAGCGAGAUUGUCGACCAAGGGGCGGAAGACGGAUGGCUGAAAACGUACGUCGGCUGGUCUUUCAAACUCAGUGACGUUGCCGCUAGUCAUAAAUUCAUUGAGAACCGGAAGGGCGCUUCUGGAAAGCUGAUACUUUUGAUCGAUUGAUUGGUUUCAUAUUAUACAGUUUAAAGGCUGUGGACAUAGCUUAUCGCGAUCCAAAAAAAAAUCAAAACUUUCUUGAAAGACCGUCACCACUACUGGGCCAGAAGGGAUUAGACCACACA